AAAGUCUAUGUUUGUUCGCGCCCCGGUUGGCCCUUCCCCUUGGCCGUCCGCCGCCGCCUCCUCCUCGUCGGCGGCCAUAAAAGCGCGGCGGUGACUGGCCUGAAUUGUGCCCGCUCCCGGUGGUCGUCUUCAUGGUCAUGGUGGCUCAACUCUUGGCCGUUCUGCUGUGCUGCCUCCUCGGGGCGCCGUCUUCGGCGGCGGUCACGUGCGACUCGGACGACGCGACGGCGGCGGCCAACUUUGCCGUCCAUCACAUCAAUGGCGUCCACAAGCACGGCUUCAAAUUCAAGCUGCACGAGGUCCAGAGCAGCGCUUAUGAACUGGGAGAGGGAGCUUGCAACAUUGACAUCAACAUGAAGCUGAUCCAGAGCAAUUGUCACAUCACCAACCCCAAACACGAAGACCAAUGUGAAGUCAUGAUGGCGUCCGAGCGGCGCGCGGUCGCCACCUGCAACGCCAAGCUGUCCGUGAUGGGAGUCGAGGCCAGAGUCGUCUCUCACAAUUGCAUCACCAAACCAGAACUCACCAAUGCGGAGAUGGCGCGGACCUGUCCCGACUGCCCCGUCUUGUUGCCUCUCAAUGACAUGACGAGCGUCCAGGUGGUCCGGGAGGCCGUGAAGAAGUUCAACCGGGAGAGCAACCACCAGAAUUACUUUGCCCUGAUGGAAAUCUCUCGACUGACGAGCGGGUACAUUCCCAGCAGCGGCAUGGUCACCUGGCCCAAAUUUGUUCUGGUGGAGACCACCUGCCCAAAACAUUCCAGGAUCGUGCCUGAGGCCUGCAGCCCUCGCUGCCCGGACCGAGCUCAUCACGCCUUUUGCGAAACCUCCUACUCGCAAGGCACCGCAGAAGUGGGCCAACUCCAGUGCGAGUUGUAUCUGCCAAAGAAUACCGAGCCGCUCCCGAUCGGCGCGCAGGAGCCCACGUGCACGUCGUUCCACGACAGUCCGGAAGAUGCCGCCUGCGCAGAGCAGCUGACCACCCACGAGCCCGCCAUCCACCAGAUUUGUCCUUUCCCGCUCGCCGUGCCGCUUCAGCAAGCCUAAAGGCUCGACGACGUCAGCGUCGGCGCUCUGCAACUCCACCGGAAUCAAACAUUAAAAAAAAAAAAUUUUAAAGGAAUAUGAAAACUUUUGUUUGGGCUAUCUUUACCCGCGCUCAUGCACAAUGCAAGAAUCACAGCCGCCGUUUAGCUUCACCUUCCUUAAUUUUGGAGUUGACUUUGACGCCAAUAUUAAUGCCGUCUUUUCAAAUGUGAUCGCC